ACUUGACCUAGGGAGGAGUUUGCAUGCUAUUUCUCUGGCUAGCUACAUUGUAGCUUUAGCAUUGGCUCUCUCGGGAGCAGGGAGGAGGGAGCAGCCCUCGCUGAAUACAUUGCCCGCAGCGCGCAGUGUAUUGGCUUAAGAAGCACCAGGGUGGGGAACAAGGGAAGGAAGAACCCGCUGCAGCUCACUGCAGCUCGGAGCAGGAGUCUCACCACCACCGCCCGGCACUGAGGGUGAGUACUGGGGAGGUGGAAUCUUAGCUGUGCCCUGGCUAGCUCAGAUUGAUGGCUGACUCCAGACUGCAUGUUAAGGGCUUGUACCAGGUCUGGAUAACUCCAUCUCUUUUCUGGGGGUGUUUGACUGAAAGUGUUGUAAAACCUGGAUUAUGAAUGGCAGAGUCAGGGAAUGGAAGUUCAUAUUCCUCUGCUGAGUUGACAAGUUUCAUCUUCAAGAAAAUUUAGAACAGAACAAAUUGACUUGUGAAGCCGUGUGUUCCUAAUCUCAGCCUCCACUGGGAACAUGUCACUUGUCCAACUUCUUAACACGUCUGCAUUCAGCCUCAUCAAAUACGAAUCACCCUGGAUUUAAUACAUUUUGUUGAUUCCGACAUUAAGAGUUUAAGCUGAUUUUUCUAAGGCAACCGAUUUACUGAUGGACUUUCAAAAGACAUCACAAGUGCCUGGAAUGAAUUAUUUGGGUCACUUUGUUAUCUGUGACGUAUCCAACAAACUUUAGAAAGAGAAACUGUGAGUGGCUGGAAUUAAUUCCCUGAAACAUUUUGACAGUGAGAACUUUCCCCCCACAUGUUAGUACUCCAUUUCCAAACAUCUCUUUAUAAAAAAAUGGCAGAAAACAUUUAGAUUAUUUUUAAACCUGUUUUUUAGGAUCCAAAAAGAUACCCUCAUCUGAGGGAUUAUUUUGAUGGACUUCGCCAGGCCAGCUCUGAAUAGUAAAGGCUUUAGUAAUCGGCAAGAUGUCCACUAAGGUCCCAAUCUACCUGAAAAGAGGCAGUAGGAAGGGCAAGAAGGAAAAACUCAGAGAUAUCCUUUCUUCUGAUAUGAUCAGCCCCCCCUUGGGAGACUUCAGACACACUAUUCACAUAGGGAGUGGUGGGGAGAAUGAUAUGUUUGGGGAUAUUUCUUUCUUGCAAGGGAAAUUCCACCUUCUACCAAGGACUGAAGGUAGCCUGGAUUCUGAUAGGGGCAGCCACUGUGGAGUGCCAUUUGAGUUCUCAAGGACUGCUACUAUUUCUGGUCAUGAGCAACCAUUUUCUGAAGCCCCCUCGCCCCUCUUAAAGAAUGCCAUCUCGCUUCCUGUCAUUGGGGGUCCACAGGCUCUAAUGUUGCCCUCUACUCAGGCCCCACCAAAGCCACCAAGGCUACACCUUGAUGACAAAGUUCAACCAGCUCUUCAAGGCAAGGAAGCUGUGGCAGAACUGACUUCAUCCAAGGACAGCAGGACUUCUGAACCUAUCCCUCAUCUCUGCAGCCCCAAUGAGCUGUUUGCCAUCCCUCAGAAUGGGUUUGUUGAAGAGAAAAAUAAGGAGGAGUCCUUUAUGUCCCAUGCUGGUUCCCUGCUCUCCCUCCACGUGGAUCUGGGACCUUCUAUCUUGGAGGAUGUCCUUCAGGUCAUGGAUAAACACCAAGCUGGGAAAACGAUACAAGAUUCUGGCAGGCAAGAAAUCCUGACAUGAAAACUAAAGGGACUUCCGUGGGGAAAGACUUUAAAAUGUAGUGUUUUGUAGAUAAGAAUUUUCCCCCCAAUGUGGAAUGUGGUUAACUGGGCCAGCUUGAAUUAGUGAAUUUUAUCCUGUGUGGAAUCCCAAUUGUGCAUCUCAUAGUAAUAGGGUAUUAAGCUUUUAGGAGCGUGUUGCUUACUUUCCACAUUGCCCAAUGUUUUUUUUUAUGUUGCUUGCUGCAGGCCUUUGAAUGCUGCUCAGUACUGAAAAAUGUAUGAAACGAAGAUAAAUUCAGCAGCAGCAAUAAAUUGCCACUUAGUAAUAAGACUUCUAACUUUACUGACCUGAAUAAAUUUUAAGGGAUAUGA